GAGAAACUCUAUUGUUAUCAGGCGGUAGCCAACUCUAGCGCUGGCCUCCGGCGCACUCUAUAGUCACAACCCGCCCACCAAGAGCAACCGCAGGGUAUCGUCCCCCUGGCGGGGAUUAGUUUGGUAAUGCUGACAAGUAGCGGUGGGUCCGGUUUCUUGAGGCGUUAGGGCGAUUCCCUGUGGGGCAACGCGAAGUCGAGGCGAAGCCCGGAAAGCCUCUGAGAUUGAUUAUGGACGAGGUGCCCAAAAGCAGUAAUAACAAUUUAUCAACAUCUCCACAAGUAGCAUCUUUACAAGGUACCACUCUACAGGAAGCUCAACUUUCUCAUGUUUCUCAACAGAUGUCUCUUAGAGGUCCAACUCCACUAACAGUGGUACAUCUGUCUGGAGAUCAGGUUCAGGGAGUCAUUCACACAGCUCAGACCUCCUCUGUGAUUCACUCACCACAAGGACAGUCAGUACAGGUGUCAUUAUCAGAGAAUGAUGAUUCACAAGACUCUUCGGAUAGUAUGGACUCUUCCCAAAAAGCAAGAGGUCUCUUAGCACGCCGUCCAUCAUACAGGAAAAUCUUUAACGACCUUUCUUCUGAGGAUACAAGGGAUAGGAAAGGAGAUGAGUCGAAUUCGGUGGUCACUUCAGUGCCUGUCACUACACCUGUUUAUCAGACCAGCACUGGUCAAUAUAUUGCCAUUGCCCCAAAUGGACCGUUACAGCUGAGCAGUCCAGGUGCGGAGAGUGUCCAGGGCUUACAGACCUUCACAAAUGCUGCUGGGACUCCACUAUUGCAGUAUGUGCAGACAUCUGAUGGCCAGCAGAUACUGGUACCAAGUAAUCAGGUAGUGGUGCAAACUACAUCUGGGGAUAUGCAGACCUACCAGUUACGCAGGACACCAACCACCACUUCCCUUCCACAAACAGUUGUGAUGACAACGCCUGUGUCCUUGACAUCUCAGUCAACCAAAUCAGAUGAUCCCCAACUGAAACGAGAAAUAAGGCUGAUGAAAAAUAGAGAAGCUGCUCGAGAAUGCCGUAGAAAGAAAAAAGAAUAUGUUAAAUGCCUUGAAAAUCGAGUUGCAGUCCUUGAAAACCAGAACAAAACUUUAAUUGAAGAACUAAGAACUUUAAAAGAUCUUUAUUGCCAUAAAAGUGUGUAAGAAAAGAAAGUAGAAGCUUUUUCACAAAUAUCAGGGGGAUUUGAUUUUUUAGAAAAUUAAAAUGAAAGGUCAAAAAUCUCUUCAAAUUCUACAACUUAAAGACUCUUAUAAUAUUAUUUGAAAUUGUUGCAUGGCAGAGUACCAAAGAAAGCAUGAAAUUGUGUGAAGAAGCAUUCCUCUGGCACAACUGGAAUCUUGAUUAAAUCAGGCUAUAUGGACAUGUACCUUCAGUCAAUUGAGCGAUUGAAUUUCAUGAGCUGUAGUUUAAUUUUAAAUGCUUGUUAACUUUUGAUUGCAGUUAAAUUGCAGAGAAGCUAAGACUGCCAUCAGCUGUAAAUGUCUAUUAACAUGUUUAAUCAGGAUAUAUUCAUGUUUAUUCUUUAACCCACCAUACUAGAUCUGUGCAUAUAAAUUGAUAAGCAAUGAACUGCACAUCUGCAAUGAACAUUCAUAUGUUUUGGUUUAUACAGAGUCCCUAACCUUCAAAUCCAUGCAUUCAGAGUUCCCAGUUGUGUGGUUUCUAUUUACUUUUGUCAUAUUAGUACACAAGGCCACCUCUGUAUUUUUUGUAUACCUGGAACAAUCCUCAUAUAAGAAGGCUUUUCAGUUUUGUAUAUAUAUCUUUUCCUUCAGAUUGGAAAUUCUAAGCUGCACUAUAAAUUUGUUGAGACCACACAUAUGAUUUCAAAGGCAGAAAAUUUAAUUUUUUUAAUGUGCUGUUUAUCAGUAUUGAUAAAAGCAAUAGCAGGCACCUUAGGCCAUGAAAUAUAUACCAAUCAUAGUUAUUCCAAAUUUUUUGAUGCUUCAUACAAAACGCUACUGGAGAAUACCUUGACUUUUUGUCUAUGCAUUUAGUCCACAGGUAAGAAAAAUGUCUGAAAGAUUAAUUCAAGUGAAUGUGCAUCAUGUAUGUUAUUUGAAGAUGCUGUUCCUGGUAUACAAUGACUGAGCAAAUGCCAAGAUCCUUAGCUCUGCCCAUUGUAUACCACAAGAAUCCAAAAUUACAAACCAAAGAUAAUGCACACAGAGAGACAUUGAAAUACUUAAUUUCAAGACUAUUUGUAAGCCUCGUAGUAAUUUGUAAAAAUAUUUCUGAUUUUUAUAAAGAGGUAAUCCAUCUGGAAUUGGUCUCAGAUAUAUUUUUAUAGUUAAAAUAUUUACCUUUUAUAUGGGUAUUUUAGACAUGUACAAUUUCAGAAAGCAGAUAUUUUUUCUCUCAGAUUGUCAACUUUAUAUUUGUAGAAAUUUUUGAGAAACUAAAGCCUAUUUCUGUGUACUUUCAUCUGGUAGGGAUUAACAAAAAUAUUCUUGAAUAUUCUGGGGGGAAAGGUUCCUAUUGUUCAUAGAAAAAUGCAUGGAUCGUUUCAAUAUGAAGAUGCUGUCAGGGAUAAUUAUGUUACUUUGCUUUCUUAUUUUCAAGAAAUGUUAAAGACUUAUUUUGAAUACCUAGUGAAUGUUAAGCCAACAGUUGUUGCCACAAUACUUAAUCAUUCCAAUGAUACCCUUUAAAAUGCCAUUUCAAUCUGCAUUUUAGGCCAAAAAGCUAUUAUACUGCUGCAUGUGUUAAAAUUCUGGGCAAUUUUGAGAUUAUCAUGAUAAAUCAUUCCAUAGAAAAUGCCAUGAAAUUAUUUCUUCUGAUACCAGCAGCCCCUUGCCUUAGAGAACAGAACAGCAGAACAUUUCUAUAAAGCCAUGGAAUUGUGCAGAAAAUUGUUACGAAACUUUAAAACAAAAAUGAUAGUGCCUUUCUCUCCCAAAACUGUUAGCUUCCAAGAGCUAAAGAAGAAAUGAAGCUGCAUGGAUUUCUGCAGUUUU